GCAUUUUGUGUCAACUUACCACCAACGGUUAGAUUUAUUUUUUGCCCACCAAUCAAUCUAGUGCUAAGGAUACUUUGCAAUCGAGCUGCGCGGUAAUAUGGUAUAGAAUAGUGCACUGCUCCGGUAAAAGUUGAUCCUGUUUAACAUCGCUGGCAGACCCGGAAAUCCAGUAAUAAAAUCCCGUCUUGCCGCCAGCAGGUUCAUGCAGUAUUUUACAGUAGUCUUGCAACACCCUUCCGAAAACUGACGCAGCAAUGGCAAAACGUGACUUGCUUGAGAAUGUGAUCAAAUACAGUUUGAUACUGAUGUUGACGAUCGUGAGCCGUGUUUGUCCCCGCCAGGAUCACUAUUACAGCUACCAGGAACCGUAUGACGAUGACCUAUCGCUUUGGAUCAACGAGCAACAGGUGAAGAUCUUCAGCGGUGUGGCAAUGAAGAUCUACGCCAUCGACAAUGGACGAGUUUCACCACACAUUCGUGAUCCCAUGUUUAGCCAAUACCUGCCGAUUAUCCCGUCCGAGGUGAGCUGUGUGAAUUUCACCUGGAAGUCUGGAUCGAAGAAAUAUCAUUAUAACUUUGACCGGCUCGUCUCCGAGGACGAAACGAUCUUGAAACCACCGACCAUUUCGAUCAAAACCAGCGGACGUGUUCCGAAAAAUGCCAAGGAGUUCAGUGUGACACUGCCCUGCUCUGGUAAUAUGUCAGGCAUCGCGGUGUUUAGCAUUGGACUCUUAAUACAAAGUCGCAAGGGCAAACCGGUGCCCGGCACGCCGCUCAGAAUCAAACUCCGUAAGGAAUGUGCACAUAGAGGUGUGUAUGAUAGAACUUCUUCUCUAGCAUCUUCGCAAGGACCCGAUCCGGAGUGUGACAAAAAAUGCGCCAACAAGGGCGUUUGCAAUGAAGAUAAGAUCUGUGUCUGCCCCGAAGGCUACAUGGGUCAGUAUUGUCAGACGGCACUGUGCUAUCCACAGUGCAUGAACGGCGGUAAUUGCACCGCUCCGGGUAACUGUUCCUGUCCAGCUGGUUACCAAGGAAGACACUGCGAGGGCGGAAUCUGUUCGGAGAAAUGCCUCAAUGGAGGAAAGUGCAUCCAGAAGGACAAAUGCGAGUGCACCAAGGGUUACUAUGGACUGCGUUGUGAAUUUUCGAAAUGUGUCAUCCCUUGCCUGCAUGACGGCAAAUGCAAAGGAGUGAACAAGUGCCGAUGUAAACCAGGUUUGAGUGGAGACCACUGUCAAAUUGGACGCCGCCAGAGAUCUACUUGCAAAAGACCAUGCAAGCAUGGGACCUGCAAGUCUGAUCAUACCUGCAGCUGUGACGAAGGAUGGUUUGGAAAGCUUUGCAAUAGCCGAGAAAAGAAACGACGUAGCGGUUCAAAGCUACCGAAAAGAUAGUGUGUACUACUAGCGGAUCUCGCAAGCCGUACUCUCCAUGGAGACAAAUUCGAUUUCUGAAAAUCGCAAACACCUUGCCUAAAACUAACGCCUGCUAUGAAUGCCUCUUGUUUGUUAAAUUUCAACACGGUUUUUGGAAUUUUCUUUCCUGUCUCCCUCUCGAGAGAUUAAAGCAACCACAUGUGUAUUUUGUUGUGAUAAAUAAACGAAAAUUUAUAGUUUCUCAGUAUUAACCAAACAAACAGCCCAUACCAGAGAUGUGUUUCACACACGUUCCGCUAUUUUUAUCGCCGCGCGGCAACCGAACUUGAUCACGUCAGUGAGUGCCUUGUAGAAUGGCGCCUGUUCGGCUCCCUCGUGCAUUCCGAUGUCGUGGUGUUCCUGUUCCUCGUCACGGAAGCGUUGAAUUGUCUCGAGAAGUUCGUGGUCUUUGAAGUCGGGAUUUUCCAUCAACUCACGGAGCUGAUCGUUGUAAUGUUCGACAAUGACCGAUUCGACAGCCACCGUGCAGGCCAUGGCGCCUUUUUCGCCGAGCAAAGCGCAUCCAGCUCCCAGGGCAAAUCCAGCUACGUUCCACAGGGGAAGCAAAGCAGUCGGACGGGCACGGUAUUUGUUCAUUAACCUAUCAAAUUCGGCUUUGUGAACUUUUUCCUGUUCCCACAUAUGCUCGAUCGUUUUGCCCGCUUUGGUA